UACCUGUUUCUGAGAAUCUCUAUCGUUGAGAGCAAAAUGUUUGCUCUGAGCUCACGCGAAACACUGACCCAAGAAAUAAACCUGAAGUAUCAUUCUGUCAAAGAAAGUGACCAAACGUCGAGGAAGAAGAAAGCAUGGUGCGAAAGUUUAGAAUGCGCCAUUAAAGAACUCUACCCGUCAUCUCGCUUGGUUCUUGUAGGAUCCUCGGCAAGUGGAUUUGCAAUCGAAGGCUGCGAUGUUGAUUUGACUCUCGUUCGCCAAGGCGGAAGGCAAGUGUUUUACAGGUUGGAUUCGGACGUUGAGGUCCUUCGAAAAAUUCGAGACAGAUUGGCGACAAGAAGGAGCAGCGUUAAAACGGAGGUAUAUUUUAUUUUAAUUUCACGUUCGAACCGGUGACAACAAGACCUGACAAACGCUGUCGUCAGAACAGCUUUUCGAUCACUGCUUAAGCUAUGAUUGUCUAAUGAGUAGCUGUGAGAAAAAUAUAAAUACUUAAAACUAAAAUCAUGCGAAAUGUUUCCAGCAUUUACCAUUUGUCAGCAUGAUUUACAGUGUUAUGGGUCACGAAAUUAUUACAAUCUAUUCCCUCAAACAAAUUCCCUAGAUAUUACUUGACAAAACCGAGUGUUUUUUUUAUUAUUAUCAUUAUUUGAAAAAAUCAAGUAAUAUUUGCCAAAGUAUACGCGAACAAUCGAACAGGCAUAGAAUCGAUUUCUGUUUCGUCGCCCUAAAACGAAUUCGCGUUGAUUCUACGUUUCAAUGUAUGGAGGUAUAGCUUGUAAAGGAUUCUGAACAAAAAUCCCUGUGCACUGUUAAAAAUACACGAGCCUUUUAUUUUGAUUUACUUUGAGAAAAAUCUACGGUACGUUCAAAUAAGUUAUUCUCCUUAAAUAGAAUAUUCACAGCGAUUGAAAAAGUUUUUGGCACUUCCGCUGGGUGUCAGUGCUGAACUUGAGUUAAUUUAGUACUACUACUGAGCCCUGGAUGGGGUGCGAAGACUCCCGAAUUCCUGUAUAAAAGUUAUCGAAUCACUGAACUAAUAAGCUACGUAUACAUUUAGAGUACCAACUGGAAUGGGUGGGAAAUGAAAGGGGUGCUUGCAACCUAAAAGCCGGGAAGAUUAUUUUCCAAUUGGCAAUUUCCUUAAAUAAGUGUUUUAUAUUAACUUAUAUUAUUCAUUAAAAACAGUGUUAUAAUCAGUUUAGAGGACCCUGUGAAUAGAUCUUAACAUGUUUAACAAACUUGCUUUAAAGGCAAAUUCAAUUUGGCAAACGUGCCUGGGCAUACUGAAUUUGUGACACUUAAACAUGACAUCAUUGCAAGUUAAAGAGACUUGUGCCCACUUCAUAGUUCAAACGUCGAUCUUUUCAUGUGCCGAAAUUGAUACCUACAGAUGUAUUUUCGGUCGACCGAAAUAAAACAAGUUCCUCAUGAUCAGUUGAUUCAGAUGUCGAACUUAUUAUUUAGUUCUCAAUUCAUUCUGUUUCACGAUGUUCGAUGGUUUCAGAUGCUUACAAGUAAAAAGAAAUUUUUGAGUAAUUCAUGCGUUAGGUUUGGCACAAGAGAAGUUCGAUGUUUGAAACGAAGUCGCUCCUCAGCAGUCGAAAUUCCCAUGUUGACCACUCGAUCUUAAUUCACGGGUCGACUCAAAUAAUUAGACAGUCGCAUUCAAACGUCGAUCUCUUCAUGUACUUAAUCGAAGCCGAGGGAUUAGGUUUGGUAUGUUUAAACUGCGCCUUAGGUAUUUCAUGAGAUCACUUUUUCACUGUUUUAACGUCGGUGAUCGUGAUUUUGAGUUUAGGAACAUAAUUUCAGGACAACAUUUUAAUAGCCUUCUACGAUAGUUAAAGAUAAGCUAUCCCAUGCUCUCUCUCCUUAGCUUAUCAGUGGAGCAGUUGUCCCUAUAUUAAAGAUGAAUGACUGGCGCGAGCGACUGGAAGGAGACAUCAGCGUUGACAUACCGAAUUCCAUAUUCAACACCUAUCUGCAGAAAUGUUAUGGUAGCCUAGAUCACAGGGUCACUCCUCUGAUUGCCAUCAUCAAGUACUGGGCCAAAAAGUCCAGAAUCACCGAUGCACGUGACCAUAAGUUAUCUGGUUAGUAGUUUUGUUUUGUUUUGUUUUUCUUUCUUUUUUUUUUGGGAUUAUUUCUUUUCAAAAUCAAAUAAUCCUGUCAAAAGCAUGAAAAAGCACCUAUGACAUAAGGCCUCAGAACCCGUAAGGGGACUAGGAAAAAUCGUCUGAGAAAACUGUAUAUUAAGCAGGGCGGACACCCUGCAUUUAGCGGGAGAAAUAACUCAGGAGGUUACAAAGUAUCUUUCCAUGUUUUGAGUAAAGCGAACCUGUCAGUUUAGGGGAUACCUCUAGCUAUUGACGAGCAGAUACCAGGGAUGGUCUCGUCGUUGCGGAAUAAACGUCUGUAAUGCAGCAAGUUGGCUCUGUUCCUUUGUUGUCGUUCUUCUAGGGGAAGUUUGAUUUGAGUCGAUUUUUUGCAAGUGGGAGAUGAACGAGGAACCGAUGAAUCCAAUUGGCAUGAAAUACUGACUUUAUUUGUUUUGUUUUGUUUACUUUUACCUUUCUAGGCUUUGCCGUGGUGCUGUUGGUCAUUUACUAUUUACAAACCGGUUGCAGUCCACAGGUCAUUCCAUCGCUACAAUCAGCCGACCCGAUCAAUUUCAGUACAUCGUUAAGCGCCGAAACUAUAGCCGAUAAGCUGGUCAGCGGCUACCUUCCAUCAGUCGUUACUUCGUAUAGAUCAUCAAACCAACAGUCCCUUGGAAGUCUCCUCGUUGGCUUUUUUGAUUAUUAUUCCACCUUUAAUUGGAAUAGAGUACUAUCUGUUCGUCAGNCUAUAGCCGAUAAGCUGGUCAGCGGCUACCUUCCAUCAGUCGUUACUUCGUAUAGAUCAUCAAACCAACAGUCCCUUGGAAGUCUCCUCGUUGGCUUUUUUGAUUAUUAUUCCACCUUUAAUUGGAAUAGAGUACUAUCUGUUCGUCAGGCCAGCACCAGGGCUGUACCAUUCGACAAAAAAUGGACACGCCCGUACAUUCGCAUCGAAGAUCCCUUUGACGGAAGAAACGUAACUCGGGCAGUGUACCAGUUUGGACCGUUUAGCGAUAUAAAGCAGGCAAUAACGAGAGCAAAACAAAGGCUACCCCAUGAACGAUGCCAUUUGACCGAAAUUUUAUAA